CCCACAAUGCACUGCGAAGGAACAUGGCUGAAUCUUGGUUAAGUGUGUUAUCCAAACGAGAAUGAAUGUGCUGUUUCCGUGCCAUAUAUGCUGACAUUCCGUAAAAACGAUCUACUAUCCAAGCCUGUUGCAGAUUAUGUUUCUGUAAUCGCGCUGUGAGGAGCCAACGAGUCCCUGCGUUUAUUUCCGGAGAAUCUUCCUGUGAUAGCUGACCUGAGACAACAUGGCAGCACUUGUAGCCAAGCGUGAGGGACCACAGUUCAUCAGUGAAGUGGCUGUGAGGGGAAACGCCGCCGUGCUGGACUACUGCCGCACCUCUGUGUCCGCUCUGUCCGGAGCAACAGCUGGCAUCCUCGGGCUGACUGGACUCUAUGGCUUCAUUUUUUAUUUCCUCUCUGCUUUCCUCCUCUCCCUGCUGCUCAUUCUCAAGGCCGGACGGCGGUGGAACAAAUGCUUUAAAUCUCGACGGCUGCUCUUCACCGGGGGCCUCGUCGGAGGUCUUUUCACUUACGUCCUGUUCUGGACUUUCCUCUACGGAAUGGUGCAUGUGUACUAGAAUGAGCUAUGACGGAUAACCGUGACUUAGCCCUAACACUAUUGUCUGCCCUGCUGUUUGUAGAUGAGCCAUUAGUAAAAGACUUCUUCCAUUUUGAACUGUAUAUUAAACAGUCAAUAAUUAUAGUAUGCAGAAUAAACCGUUCAUAUAUUUCCUGCUCCACACUUGCACUCUGCAGUGAUUCUAGCUUUAUUCAACCUGUAACUCCUGAUCUGUGCUCAGUAUCAUCCAUAACCAGGAUAAGAGCCAAAGUUAUGAUAAUGUAGACUGUAACUGUAUCAUGUAACAUAGAUCAAACCAGAUUACAUCCUAGAUGUAAGCACUUUUAAUUACAGUUCAUGUACAAUAGCAUAGUUAAAUUAUAACAAAUCUGAUUACCGAUUGAAAUAAAUACCUCUGUACAA